AGAUAAUGGUUGUGCUAGCGUUACAAGGUCACGGUUGGUAGACUUUUAUUUUCGCUUAUAAAUGUGAAACAAUUUAAUACUGUAUCGAUUAACCAGUUUCGAACAUAAAAGACAUGAAAUAUUCAACAUUUUUGAAACGUUUUCUUGGAUUUUAUCAUUGAAUGUGACUUUAUUGAACUUAAUGAGGAAGUAUAUAGUAAAGAACAUAAUUUGUAUAUGAAAUUGUCUGUAUCUGUUAUCAAAAUAAUAAACUAAUAAGUUAUGAUACUCGUCGAACAGAUGUAAGAUGAUAGAACGGACUUAAAAGAAAGUUGAUGAAGAUUUAGAGUUGAAAUAUUUCACAGCAGAGCUUACUUGAUGUGAAAGGGACAAUGUCAAGGCCACACAAGAAUCGUAUAACAGGCGGUGGUCAGUGGAGACAAAAACAGAAAAGAAUUGACGAGCCAGAGGGCCUAGCACUCGGUGACCUAGGCAAAGACAGACGUUCAUUGAUAACGUCGGAAUCUGUGACGUCAUUAGCAGCAGAGCUUGGUGAAACCACGUCGUCAGACGACUUUCAGAGAGAGGUAGCACACAAAACAAGCACGCUUCUGAUUGGUCGACAAGAAGCGGAAACGGAAGUGUUUACUGAUGUUCUCGUGAAACGGAAAGGAGAUGUGCAUAAAGCUCUACUCUUUGUUAUUUCUCACAUGAAAAUUGAAUCAAAAAUUUCAGUACUGGUGAAUAAUCUAAUAAACCGCGGUGCCAGCACAUCAACGGCGGAUUCUGACUUAAAGACACCUCUACAUCACGCCGUCAUUAGAAAUCUUAAAGGUAUUGCCGCCAAAUUGUUAGACAGUGAUGCUCUUCCCCACGCACGUGACAAAUAUGGCACUUUACCGCUAAAAAUAGCACUGGACAACAAGAACGAUGACAUGUGUGCACUUCUUUUAGCAUAUAUGCCAAAUGCAUACGUUCGCAAGUUAUUUAUCUCAGGUGAAGGAAAAGUUGCAGAAUUUUCUAUUCACGAUUUACUACGUGUAGAGACGGUAAUGCAGAAAACGAUUCUAUCUAUACUGGACUGUUUGAUAGAGACCCGGGGGUCGUGUGAUAGACUCCGGGUAUAUUACGAUCUGCUGGAGUGUGACGAGGACGGACGGACACCCGACGAUAGCGGCUUCAUCGAAAAGUCGAGAUCACCACUUCAAGUUUUUUGCCAAAAAGGAAAUCAGAAUAUUGUUUACCAUGACGCCGUUAGGUUAUUGAUUAGGAGGAAAUGGAAGUUGUAUGCUAAAAGAAGGUUUGUUUUUUCAUUAAAAAUGAAUAUUCUUGGGGGGUUUUGUAUCACUUAUUCCGCUAUUGUUGCUGUGACGUCACCGGACCCGGCGGUGUAUAACGGUGCCUUACAAGUUUCUCGUGCAGUGUUUGAGGUGCUGUCCCUUGUUAUGAUAGGUCAAACAUUAUUUACAGAAAUAAAUCAGAUGAGAAGACAUAAACUAGAAUAUUUCCAUGAUGCAUUUAAUUGGUUUGACUUGUCGUCUGCUAUUUUGUUAAUAUGUGUUGUUCCGUUGAGAUUCACUCACAACGAGGCUCAGUGGCACGUGUUUGCGUUCGGAUAUUUCUUUUGGACCAUCAGGAUCUUUAAAUUUGCCGCUGUAUUUAGACAAACAGGUGCGUAUACACAGAUACUUGCCAGAAUUAUCGCCCAUGAUUUUAUCCAGUUUGGAGUUGUCUUCCUUGUUAUACUCCUCGCCUUUAGUGGAUCAUUCUUCCUGUCAUUAAGGGGAGAUAAUGAUCUGGACACACACACAGAAACAAGUACAUUUUGGCGAAUUGUAUUUGUCGGUGUGCGGUCUUUAACUGAGGCUCAACCAGUGGUGGAUUACACGGGGGAGGAAGGAUAUGGGACUGUCAGUGUAAUAUUUAUGGUAAUCUUCCUGUUUACGUGUAUUGUUAUUCUCCUCAACAUCCUUAUUGCACAAUUGACGGACACCUAUCAGAAGGUACAACAAGACGCACAGAGAGGGUUAGAGGUCAACAGAGCGUGGAUUGUUGCCAGGGUGGAGCUAAAUAGUUUCUAUAUCGGGCAGAACUUCAGAAAAGCCAACUAUAAAGAGUAUGAAGAUAUCGAAGAUUUGAAAGAUGUACUCACUAAAUGGGAGUCCCCUCCUCUAAAUGAGAUGAACAAAUAUGUAAAAGACAUCUGGGAUACAUUAGAUAAUCAUAAAAUGAACCUGCUAACAAUUCAACAUAGGCUUGUACGUCAAGAAAAUACACUCCGUAAUAUACACGAUCAGUUGCGUUGCCUGGUUGCCAUGCAUACAGGUGGAUCACAGGAUGUUCCAGACUCAACUAUGUCACCAUCUCGUCAGGCACCACGAUUUUUCCGCAGUGAUACAGAACAGAGCGAGUCUGUUGAAGCAGACGACAAUUUCAACGUGGACUCAAAGAGGAAACAUUUACUCAAAGGACAUACCGUCUCCCCUGAUGACGUCACACCUGACAUAAAUGAUUUACUUGAAGACAAAAAUUUGACAGAAUAAAUCAUUCAUAUCAUUAUACACAUUUUGCUAUCCAUUGCAAUCGUCCAUUUGAAUGUUUUCCGGUAGAUCUACAUUGUACAUUUAUUAUAUUUACGACAUUUUAGUAUGUAUUUUAAAAGCAGUGCUUUAUUAUGUCAUAUUGUGUGAUUAUGACUCAUCAAAUAUUAUUUUGAAAUAAAGUUGGUGCGCUCUUAAA